AUGGGCCAGUUCAUCCCUCCAGUUGUGGAAAUGUUUGCAAUUUGGGACUAUUUGAUCUUUGCUGCCCUUUUUCUCGUCUCUUCUGGCAUUGGAAUCUUUUUUGCCAUUAAGGAGCGGAAAAAAGCAAGCUCUGGGGACUUUUUGGUUGGUGGCAGGCAGAUGACAUGUGGACCAGUGGCUCUGUCCCUCACUGCUAGUUUCAUGUCAGCCGUCACUGUGCUGGGAACCCCAGCUGAGGUCUAUCGCCAUGGAUCAUCUUUCUUUCUGUUUGGCAUAGCAUAUACGUUUGUCAUCAUUUUUACUUCAGAACUUUUUCUACCUGUUUUCUACAGAUCUGGGAUCACAAGCACUUAUGAGUACCUGGAGUUAAGGUUUAACAAGCAAGUUCGCAUGGUAGCAACACUGAUUUACAUACUGCAGACGACUCUUUACACAGGAGUGGUAGUUUAUGCUCCAGCUUUGGCUCUCAAUCAAGUGACUGGAUUUAAUCUUUGGGGCUCAGUAUUUGCAACAGGAAUUGUUUGCACCUUCUACUGUACACUGGGAGGAUUGAAAGCUGUUGUCUGGACAGAUGCCUUUCAACUGGUUGUUAUGCUGAUUGGGUUCCUGACAGUUUUAGUUCAAGGAACUCUUAAGAGUGGGGGUCUUAGAAAUGUUUGGGGAAAUGCUCAAAAUGGAUCACGUCUCAAUGUCUUUGACUUUGAUUUUGACCCCCUGAGAAGACACACAUUUUGGACAACCGUAGUAGGAGGAACAUUUACUUGGCUAGGAAUUUACGGGGUCAAUCAGUCCACAAUACAGAGGUGCAUUUCAUGUAAAACAGAAAAGCAUGCCAAAUUUGCGCUUUACUUUAAUUUGCUGGGAUUAUGGGUCAUCCUGGCAUGUGCAGUCGUCUGUGGAUUGGUGAUGUAUUCUUUUUUUAUGAGCUGUGAUCCUUGGACUGCAGAGUUCAUUUCAGCACCAGAUCAGCUAAUGCCAUAUUUUGUGAUGAUAAUAUUUUCAUCAAUCCCUGGACUUUCAGGCCUAUUUGUUGCGUGUGCAUUCAGUGGAACACUAAGCACUGUGGCUGCAAGUAUAAAUGCUCUGGCAACAGUAACAUUUGAAGAUUUUGUCAAGCACUUUUUUCCAAAACUUUCUGAGCGUGCGAGCACUUGGACCAGCAAAGGCUUAUGCGUAGUAUUUGGAGGGCUGUGUACUAUAAUGGCUGUAGCUGCAUCACUCAUGGGGGGUGUUGUGCAGGCUUCACUUAGUAUCCAUGGAAUGUGUGGAGGACCUAUGCUGGGAUUAUUUACACUGGGAAUUAUUUUUCCUUGUACCAAUUGGAAGGGUGCUUUUGGUGGCCUCGCUACUGGAAUCACUUUGGCAUUUUGGGUCGGCAUUGGAGCUUUUGUGUAUCCUGCUCCACCAUCAAAAACUCUGCCACUCUACCUUUCAACAACUGGAUGCAAUAGGACUGAUACGUUUGUACCCAUAGUUCCUACUUUAGCCCCUGAAAGGCCUUAUUUAGCAGAUUCCUGGUAUUCUUUGUCAUAUCUCUACUACAGUGCUGUUGGAUGUCUUGGAUGUAUAAUUGCAGGGUUACUGAUUAGUUUUGCAACAGGUCCAAAUAAAGGGAAAGAUAUUAAACCACUAUUAAUUCGCCCAAUCUGUAAUAUAUUUUGCUUCUGGUCUCCUAAAUACAAGACAUUUUGCUGGUGUGGAGUGGAUCAUAACAGAAAAGAACUUCAUGAUGAAGUGAAAAUUGACUUUGAAACGAAGGCAGAUGCAAAUGAUGGGCUGAAGAAUGGAUGGAAAAACAAUUUACCUGGUUAUAACCCCUGUGAGAAAUCCUAUACUAACACAAGCAUGACUGAAUCCCACUUUUAG